GGGGCUUUAGAACAGCUCAUUGUUUCUCAGUUGAAGAUGGCCUUAAGAAGCUUACAGUUGAUUCGCGUGCUGCAUCAUGUAUCUGGACUUCGAGAAUCUUCUUACCCUAUAUCUUUGAACUCCAGGAUUCGAAGCUACAGCAACCAUGCCAGUGGUGUAUCAAAUGGUCUUAAAUUUAGUUUCAGCCUCAAGAGCUUCUCUUCUAACUUGUACAAUGGCCAUAACGCCUUUCCCCGGACUAGUGGUAAAACUUUGACAGUCCGGUCUGCCAUGGUUGCUGAGUUGACCAUCUUUAGGAAUGAGAGGAGGUUGGCAACUACCCAAGCUAAUGCCCCUGCACAAGCACGAAAAAUGGGAGCAGUUAAAGUUUCCAUGUCCAGUCCUGGAUUUGUCUAUGAACCAUAUGCACCUCGCGAACCAAUCUCAUUUUGGCAGAGAUGGUUCACAAGAAGUGGUUGGAGAAGAACCAAAGAUGAUAUAAUUUUGGAGCUCAAAAGUGCUUAUGCUAUAGCCAAGUUGAGAAAAACUGGAUACUCAAAAAGGCAAUUUUACAAUGAGGCCGUCACCAUGUACAGGGAGAUAAACACACUAAUGGCUAAUGGAGACAAAAAUUCAUUAAGGAAAGCGGUUACUGAGAACAUGUUUUCUGCACUUAAGAAUGAAAUUAAACAAAGAGAAACUGUAUGGAGCAAGGUGUAUUGGGAAUUGGUCGAACCAGUUGUUAAAGUCCGAACUUUACGUGCUCGUCUGAUUGGUGUUGAUCGAAAUGACCUCAAUAAAUUGUUCAUUCAGCUUACUCUUGAGUUUUUGGCUAAGCAUAAAUUUGAAGCAUAUGACUCAAAAGGCACUGUUGUAGCCGGGGACAAAGACAAGGAGGUUCUUGUCCGUGAUAUCUGGGUAUUUGAGAAGUCUCUAUUUCACUCUGGAGCAUACUGGCGCUUGUGUGGACGUAUAUCGGCAUAGCUCUGUUUGGAAGAUGCCAAAUUGUACUAUAGACGGGAGUACUAUUACGUUGAUUUGUCACUGAAACCGAGUAAUAAAAUCGAAUACAGCUGUAAACCACACCCCAAUUUUGUUCGUUGAGUAAAAUCUAGUUACUGUGGAUUUAAAA